CCUUUUGCGGGCCUUUUGUUACAACGUCCGAGUGUUUGCUGUUGCACGGCCGCCCCAAGAAGGGGCAGGGCCACGGGCGCAAUGCGGCGGCCCAUACAGAGAUUCCACACAGAGCCAGCUCCCAUGAACAAGCUUGUGAAGCCACACUUGCAGGUUAUGCGGAGCGUUUCUGUGGGGCAACCACCUACAAUUCCUGAUACCGAAGGCGUCAAUGAAAUGUUGGCACUGGCUGGUCCUACGGCAACCCUGAUGGAUGUUGCGAAAGGCAUCCUGGAUAGACUUGUGGAAAGACCUGAGCUUGAAGUUCAGGUAGAAGAGAUGCUUUUCCUGAAGGAUUGCUUGGGUGCAAGCCUGGAAACACUGGCAAUGCCGUGUAUGCUUCUUCAGCGUAAUACUGGAGAUGUCACACCAGGUGGCUAUGAUUACUUGAUGAUCUAUGCAAAGCAGGUGAACACUAGUUCAUCAUGUCCUGGGACUCCUGGGAGCCGGUCACGGACUCCAUCAGUAGCUUUUUCUCGACCGCCACCCUCAUGGGAGUCUCUGGAUGCGCGCAUGCUGGAUGAGUUUGACCAGUGGGAUUUUGACAGCUUUGAGCUCGCUGAAGCGACGAAGGGCAACCCUUUGCACUUUGCUGGGUGGAAAGCUUUAGACGGAUUCCUUGGAGAACAGUCAUCUGAUGUAUUUCUAGAGAUGGAAAGGACAAGCCGGUUCCUGGAGGCUGUGGAGGACAUGUAUUCUCGACAGGAUAAAGUUCUUUAUCACAACAAUGUGCACGCAGCUGACGUGACACAAUGUGUCCACGCUUUGCUGAAGCAGUUCGGGUUUGCAGCGUACUUCGACCAGCUCAGCAUUCUUGCCAUUCUACUGGGUGCGAUUGUUCAUGACAUGGGUCAUGAUGGGAGAACAAACUCUUUUCAUGUAAAUGUUUGCGAUGAUAUCGCUUUGACUUACAAUGAUAUCAGCGUUCUCGAGAACAUGCAUAUCUCCAAGACUUUCAAGUUGAUGCAUAGCGACCUGUCAACCAAUAUAUUGGAAGGGUUCAAAAUUGAGCAUCGGAAUCGAUUGCGCAAAGAGAUGGUCGAGGUGGUUCUGGGUACUGACAUGUCAUCCCACUUCGGCAAUGUAGCGGACUUCAAGACACUAGUGGAGAAGCUUGGAAGUGAUCCAACAGAAUGGCAUCACGAGCCAAAGGCUAUGUCGGCAUUGCGUGUGAUGGCGCUGCAUGCUAUGGAUAUUUCAAACCCUGCGAAAGUCUUUUCUUUGUCUGACAAGUGGUCAGAUUUGCUGCGACAGGAGUUCUUUCUGCAGGGGGACGAGGAGAAGCACCUGGGACUGCCAAUUUCACCACUUUGCGACCGAGAAACUGUGCGUUUUGCAAGCUCGCAGGUGGGUUUCUUCACUAUCAUCGUGCAGCCAACUUUCACUCUCAUGGCUGAGCUGCAGCAUCGUGUUAAGGAUGUGCUGCUGACUCAUCUUCAGACCAAUACUGAAGCUUGGGAAGCACGAAAGAAGAAGGAGUCUGGAGAUGUUUCUGGACCACCUUCUGCUCAAAAUUCCCCACCUGCGGUUCACGAAUCGGAGAGAUCUGGAAGCCUCUCACGAUGUCACAGGCUGGAACAGGGCAAGACGUCCAUCAACGUGGCGUCGCCGGAGUUGCGGCCGACAGCAACUCCUUACAUCCUACCCGGAGUAUCGUCAUCUCGGUGUAAGUGACCUGGAGCUGAUCCCUGGCCGCUGUUCGCAGGGGCAGGGCUGGCGGCGCCAAGGCAUGCCUGUUGUUUAGGGAGGCCAGGCAGGCAGCCUGUGAAACCACAGCUGCAGAUCAAUUGCCUAGGCUGUGUACCUCAGUACUUCGGCACUAAAUGCACCCAACACUUUCUAAGAAUUUCCAUUUGCCAUGCUCAAAUCAACCAUGC